CCAUCUGUUCGUCUCACUCUCUCCAUCCAUUCCCCAAUCCCCACGACGAGAUCCACCCCAGGCAAGGAGAGAAGGGAGGAGAGAGGCCGGCGGCGGAGGCGGAGCAGGAGACGACCGGAGAUGGUGCGGAAGGCGAAGGUCGAGUUCGACGAGAGGCCGCCGGAUGACUUCGACCCGAAGAACCCGUAUGGGGACCCGGUGGCGAUGCUGGAGUACAGGGAGCACCUGGUGCGGGAGAAGUGGAUCCAGAUCGAGACCGCCAAGAUCAUCCGCGACCGCCUCCGCUGGUGCUACCGGAUCGAGGGCGUCAACCACCACCAGAAGUGCCGCCACCUCGUCGACCAGUACCUCGAGUCCACCCGCGGCGUCGGAUGGGGCAAGGACCACCGCCCGGCGGACCUCCACGAGCCCAAGAAGGUGGUCGAGGUCGAGGAGUAGCUCGGCUGCUUCUCCUGCUGUUCCUGGAAUGGACAGGUCUUCUCUCCAUCGGAACUAAAAGGAGUAACUUGAACUGCUGCAGCUCUUCUCUUACCUCUGAAGUUGCUGAUAGACCUUUAAUAAAUGAUUAUGUUGAAGGAAACAUUGCUGUGUGGUGUCUGUAUUUUUAUUUUUUUGACGCUUUGAGGAUUUAAGCAAAUCCUUACUUGGACUUUCCCGCCUUGUUUCCAAUUUCGUUCAUACAAAAAUUGUGUUUAGUUGUCCUUGCCUUUGCAUCUUGAUUUACAAGUGUACCAAAGACGGCUUUUGUUGUGCUGUACAAGUUCUUUCUAUUUUGUCA